AUGUUAACACUUUCACCUCAGUCUACGAUCAACAUCAACAGUUUCACCAGUGAUGAGAACAAACACCAUGAAGGCGGGGUUACGAAGACUGGAGGGGAGGAAUUCAACAGUCCCGAUCACUCGGGUGGUGGACGUCCACAUGGACAAGGACACGGUACGAUUCCAGACAUCGACGAUGACCACGUUGUCAAUACUGCUGCUGCACAUGGAUCAGGAGAAUCUGAUCUGUUCUCGAAGGGUUUGGCCUUUGUCAAGACUCAAUUGGGAGGCAAUAAUCACGAUAUAGACGAAGAGCGUCUCAUCAAGCACCACGAUGAAGUUUACAACAAGGGGAAUACAUCUCUUGACGCUUCCUCCCUCGGUUCUGCUGCAGCAUUACAAGCUUUCAAACAAUUCGUUUCAUCCGAUGAUCAUUCUUCUAGUAGUGGGCAUAAAUCAGGUGGAGGCGGAGGCGGAGGUAGUGGUAGUACCCAAAGCAAACUUGUCGGUUUGGCCAUGGCUGAAGCGUCCAAGUUGUUCGAGAAGUCUGGGGGAGCUGCUAGCGGUGGAAAGCAGGAUGCUGUCAAUGGUGCUGCUACCACAGUAUUGAAACUCUUGAUUAAAUCCAAGUUCAGCCAUGCGAUAGGUGGUUCGAAUAGUGGAGGACUUGGUCAGUUAGCGGGUCUUGCGGGAAAGUUUCUCUGA